AGAUCACGUGAUGGUACAGUAAUCUAUCCGAGAGUGGUAUAAAGUAAGUAUAGAAACCGACAAGAACAUCUACAAACCGAGCAUCUCACCAUCUCUGAUAUCAAGUGCUCAAGUUCUAAGACAAGCGCAAUGGACGCUCUCAUCCUCGAUGCCACGUCAAAGACCGCAAACGUUCAGCGCAUCCCGAUCCCAGAACCAGGCCCGACCGAGCUCCUCGUCCAUGUCGAAGCAGUAGCCUUGAAUCCCGUGGAUGCUCUGUAUACCUUCAACCCACUCGGCCAAACCGGACGAGUCGUCGGUACCGAUUUCGCAGGAACAGUCGCCGCAUUAGGAUCAGACGUCCCGUCUCUAAAUCCAACCCUCAAAGCCGGCCAACGCGUCGCUGGCUUCCUCCAAGGCGCCUGCUCAGCAAACGACCGACCCGGCGCUUUCGCCAACUACCUGAUUGUCCCGCACGACCUAGUCUGGCGCGUUCAAGACAGCUUGAGUCUUGCAGAAGCAGCAUCAGUGUCCUUGACGGCUCUAACAGCCGCACAAGGCCUCUUCCCGCGCCUAGGCCUGCCAGCACCCUUCGCAUACGAUGUGAAACCUUCAACAAAGAGUACCGAGGAAUCCCUGACCGCAUUCAUCUACGGUGCCUCCACCUCCGUCGGCCUGAACGCCACCCAACUCCUCCAACUCGCUGCCAAGGCCCAUGGUAUGACGCUCCACCUCAUCGGCGCUGCGAGCCCCUCUCGCCAUGCCAUGCUCUCAGCGGCUCCGUACAGCUUCACCUCGCUCGUGGACUACCGCGAUGAGGCCUGGCCAGCUCAAGUCCGCGCUUUGACAAACGGUGCAGGUGUCGACAUUGGCUACGACUGCAUCUCUGAAGGCCCAUCCGUCGCUGCUGUCGCAUCUACUCUCUCGUCAGCAGGAAGGAUGGCGGUCGUGCGAUCCCGUGCUGGCAAGGCGUGGGCAGCCGAGCCAGGAACUUUACCCACGGAGCCCGUGUACGGCGCGGUGUGGGAGGGGUUGGGAGAGAGGGUCGAGUACCAAGGAUUCAUCGUGCAGCCCUCAGCGCCUGCUCGUGCGUUCGCGGUUGAGUUCUACAAGUGGCUUUCGAAAGUCGGCGGGAGUGAGCUACUGCCGAAUCCGAUUAGGAAGAUGCCAGGCGGACUUGAGAGGAUUGUGCCGGAUGGGUUCAAGCUGUUGGGACCUGGGAGCAUGGAACAGAGGGGUGGGGAGAGCACAGAGGAGUGGAUGAGGCCGGUUAGUGGGGAGAAGCUUGUUUAUGAGAUUUGAGGAAAGGGGAUCGGGGUCGGAUUUAUUUCUUCUGGGAAUGCGAAAUAAAACUUUAGAGAUUUAGCUUCAGCUUGUCAGGCAAGUUCCAUGAGACGACUUCAUGACACAGCGUCACACUUUACUAAAGGC